CAACCAACCAUAUGUGGCAUGCCGCUAAAAUAUGUAUCACUCGUGACUCUGGCAGUCCAAAACGCUGCCCUAUCAAUCGUGAUGCAUUACUCUCGCGUAUCAACGACGCCAGCCCUCGCUUACUCGCCAGCAUCAGCCGUGCUCCUGAACGAACUGCUCAAGGGUUCAAUAUCCUUCAUUAUUGCGCUUACGCGGGCUCCUAUCUUCAGCGACCACCACAUCAUUUAUCUUUGGACGGUGUUCAGCCCGGACUGUUGGAAGUUGUCAAUCCCUGCCAUUCUCUAUGUGGUUCAAAACUCGCUCCAAUUCGUUGCCAUCAGCAAUCUCCCCGUCGCUUCCUUCCAGGUGACAUACCAAAUGAAGAUUCUCACCACGGCGGCCUUCUCCGUGGCACUCUUGCGGAGAAAAUUGAGCACCACAAAAUGGCUGUCCUUGUUCUUUUUGGCGAUCGGUGUCGGCAUUGUGCAAAUCCAGACGUCCUCCAGUCAUGUCCCAAAGCCCACAGCCGUUGGUAGCGCACAUGAGUACCAUGUUCAUGUUAUGAGUCCUCUCAAAGGUUUUGGUGCGGUCACUGCUGCAUGUUUCACCUCGGGGUUGGCUGGCGUGUACUUUGAGAUGGUGUUGAAGGGUUCCAAGGCUGACUUGUGGGUUCGGAACGUCCAACUAUCACUCUUUUCCCUCCUUCCCGCCUUCCUACCCAUCCUGUACACACCUGUACCCCCGAACUCUCGCGGAUUUUUUAUGGACCUGUUCCGGAACUUUGGUGGAUGGGCAUGGGCUACGGUCGCCGUUCAAGUCUUUGGCGGGCUUGUCACAGCUGUGGUCAUCAAGUACUCCGAUAACAUUUUGAAAGGGUUCGCAACGAGUCUAUCGAUCGUGCUAUCAUUCCUCGCGUCAGUGGCCUUGUUCGACUUCCACAUCACGCCUUCUUUCAUCAUCGGAGCGUCUACUGUGCUCGGGUCAACUUGGAUGUACAAUCAACCUGCG